AUGUCGACAGUAAUUGUAUCAAAAGUUCCCCAAACAAUUUCAAAUGAGAAGCUUUAUGAAUUCUUCUCAUUCUGUGGUAAGGUGAAGUCUAUCAAUUUAAUUGAAAAAACGGAUAAAUCUGGGAAAUACGAGGUUCAAUUUGAACUGGAAAAAGCAUUGAAUACUGCAUUAUUAUUAAAUGAAGCAGAAUUGGACUCUGUUCCAAUUCAGGUUGAAAAGUCAGACACUCCUCCGGAUUAUGCUGCAGUGGAUAACCAAAAUGCAUCUUACGGGGGUGACAACAAAAUCCAGAGCUCGGCUUUGGCUUCAGGAGACAUAAAAGAUACAGAUGCUUCCACUGUUACAGGAGACAGCGAAUAUGAUGAUAUUUCACAAGAGGAAAAGCCAAAAUAUGCUAUAAUGGCGCAAUUGUUGGCAUCUGGCUAUACUUUGUCUGAUAAUUUGAUACAGAAGGGAAUUGAUGUCGAUAAAGAUAAAGGUUACUCUACUAAAUUCAAGUCAUUCUUAACAUCGUUAGAUGAGAACUAUUUACACUCAAGUAAGCCUGAUUCAGCUGCUGGUAAGGGAAUUUCUAAGGCUCAAUCAACAUUUGGCGGCUUGGCGAAGAGCUUUAAUGAUUCUGGAUACCAUAAGAAAUGGAGCCAGUAUUUGGAAAAAGCAUCCAGUCAUCCAUAUGGUGUCAAAGUGCAUGACUUCUACAAGAAUUUGGCUAAAGACGCUAAGGAAGUCCAUCUUGAAGCUAAGAGGUUAAGUGAAUUGAAAAAAGAAAGAGAAGCAGAAAAAAAUGUUGAAUCGGCCGCUUCGACAGCAAAUGCAGGAGCUGCUAUUAACACUGUUAAUGAAUAA